UAUUGAAGUUAACCUAAUCCCCUGAGGUAAAUGUGGAGAUGAAUUUAUGGUAAACAACGGUAAUUCCUUUUUAAAAAAAUGAGUGAUUUUAAACAUGUCAAAGAUGCUGAGACAACGACAACAUCUACUGAAAUGAAUACGUAUUUAGAUGUAGUACGAACGAACAUAGGAACCAAACACAAGGUGAAAAAUCAACAAGACGAUGAUGACAAAUUCGGACUAUUUAAUGUUCGGGCGUUUUUAUUCCUCAUCUUGUGGUAUAUAUUCAGUGCCUUCACAUUGUUUUUAAACAAGUAUAUUUUAACGUCACUGAAAGGAGACCCAGCAGUACUAGGUGCCAUGCAAAUGAUGAUGACAACAUUAUUUGGAUUUAUACAAAUGAAUCUUCCAUCCGGGUUUUAUAAACCUGUCAUACGGGAAGGGAAACCACCUAAAUUCUGGAAAAAUAUGAUAUUACUUGGAUGUAUGAGAUUUUCCACAGUAGUCCUAGGGUUAGUAGCGUUAAAGCAUGUAGCAGUAUCACUUACAGAGACAGUGAAAAGUUCAGCGCCAUUAUUUACGUGUUUUAUUUCCUAUGCUUUGAUUGGAGAGUACACAGGGAUGUAUACAUUUAUGUCUCUGAUUCCAAUAAUGAGUGGAUUGGCCCUGUGUUCUGCAUAUGAACUUAGUUUUAAUAUUAAAGGCUUUAUUGCAGCCUUAGCUACAAAUGUAGCUGAUUGUUUACAGAAUGUUUAUUCCAAAAAAUUAAUUAGUGGUGAAAAAUAUAGAUAUACGCCUGUUGAAUUACAAUUUUACACUAGUAUAUCAUCAAUUGCUGUACAAAUUCCAGCUUGUUACUUCAUGAUAGAUAUGGAUUCUGCUAGUAAGACAUUCGAUACUUUUAUGUUCUCAGCAUACGUAAUUGAUGGAAUAUGUUUUCACUUCCAAAGUCUAUCAGCUUAUGUUUUAAUGAGCUACAUAUCACCUGUAACUCACAGCGUUGCCAACACAGUUAAGCGAGCCUUGCUUAUUUGGAUAUCAAUAUUAGUAUUUGGUAACCCGGUUACAUUUCUAAGUGGACUGGGGACUUUUAUUGUUACAAUUGGUGUUUUGCUAUAUACCAAGGCUAAAGAAGUGGACCACAAUAGAAGAGAACUAAUACAGAAUUAUCCAAGAGUCGGAGAAACUAAAGAUGUUUGAUAGUAAAAUAGAAAAACACUUGAUACAUUUCGUGCGUCUGUAGCUCUUUGGGUUUGCCUACAUCAUGAGCGCCCAAAUUGAAAACUUUGCUUACUCAUGUUUAUGAAUAAAUAUAUGUGAUUGGCAAAUCAUGUAUUGGAGGGGGGAUUAUAUUGUUCGUUGGAUCUGAAAUUAUUUAUUCUCAAUUUUGCUAUAACCAAAGCAACCUCAAAGAUUAGUUCCUUUCUCGGUUUAGUCAAACACAAAAUCCGCGAAAACCGUACCCUUUAAAAUUACUUUCUAUACAUUUUGUAUAAUAACAUAGGAUGGAUGAUGUUUUACGCUAGGUAGAACAGCCUUCCAGCAAACAACGAUAUAUUGACAAUUGUAUGUUAAAAA